CAGAGGCGCACGUGUCUAUAGUAGACAGACGACGACGGCUAAGGUGUUUUAUGUGUUGAGGUUAAAAGAUUGGCGAUAACAACAGCUCAAAAUGGCAAAAACACACUCGGCUGUGAAAGCCCCUCGGAAGCAGGGCUUCAAUCGCUCUGGCCACAGUAUGAAUCCAGAAAGAAAGUUGGAAGGUCUCAAGGGUGUCGCCAAACCCAGGACAAAGGGAACAAUCAAGAGAUUGCAGAUGUAUCGCAAUUCAAAGGCAAAGCGUAACAAAUCUGGAGAAAUUCUCACACCAGCACCUUUUCAAGGAUGGCACAAGUCGGGCACGAUGGCCAGGGUUGAACCCUCACCCAGAUGGUUCGGUAACUCAAGAGUGAUCUCGCAGAAUGCACUGCAGAAGUUCCAGAAGGAAUUGGGGGCUGUGAAAAAGGAUCCCUAUCAGGUUAUCAUGAAACCCUCUACGCUGCCUGUGACCCUGUUACAAGAGAAAGCUCAAAACGAAAGGGUGCACAUUUUGGAGAUAGAAAAUUAUGACAAAGUUUUUGGUCCAAAAAAGCAGAGGAAGCGACCCAACAUCACGGUAUCUUCGUACGAUGAGCUAACCCAAAAAGCAGAGGAACAUAUGGAAGUCUAUGACAAAGAAAAAGACACCAAGGACCACGACAUGAUUAGACCAGAUGAGGGAAUCAGAGAUGCGCAGAGAGACUGGGUCAUGGGUGCUGGUUUAAGUAAGAGAAUUUGGAAUGAACUGUACAAGGUCAUUGACUCCUCCGAUGUUGUACUGCAAGUCCUGGAUGCUAGAGAUCCAAUGGGCACUCGUUCACCUCCCGUGGAGAAGUACCUGAAGAAUGAGAAAGCUCACAAACACUUGAUAUUCGUGUUAAACAAAGUUGAUCUUGUACCGACGUGGGUAACACAGAGGUGGGUUGCAAUACUCAGUUCUGAGUACCCAACUGUUGCAUUCCACGCUUCCCUAACUCACCCGUUCGGUAAGGGCUCAUUGAUAAACCUGCUUCGUCAGUUUGCAAAGUUACACGAAAACAGCAAACAAAUCAGCGUUGGGUUGAUUGGAUAUCCAAAUACCGGCAAAAGUUCAAUCAUCAAUACACUAAGAUCCAAGAAAGUUUGCAAAGUAGCCCCAGUUGCGGGAGAAACAAAAGUCUGGCAGUACGUGACACUCAUGAGAAGAAUAUACCUGAUUGAUUGUCCUGGUGUAGUUUAUCCUUCAGCUGAGACAGAUACGGAAAAAGUACUCAAAGGUGUCGUCAGAAUAGAACGUAUUAAUGCUCCGGAAGAUUACAUAGAGCCGGUUCUUGGGAGAGUCAAGCCCGAGUAUAUCAGUAAAACUUACAAAAUUGAGCAGUGGAAUGACCAUGUUGACUUUUUGGAAAAAUUGGCAAAAAGAACGGGUAAACUGUUGAAAAAGGGAGAACCCGAUAUCAGUCAGGUUGCGCGAAUGGUACUGAACGAUUGGCAGCGCGGAAAAUUGCCCUUCUUCGUUGUACCUGCGGGAUACGAAGAGCCCCUUCCAAAAGCACCUUUGAACGAAUCCAAUGCUGCUGAUGAUUCUUCAGCCGCGAUAAAACCAAAUGGCCAAAUCGGUGAAGAGCCCCCAAAAAAACCAGAAGUGCCUGCAAUAGGUGUAGCACAAGAUUUCAGAAAAAUCCGAGUGGGAUUGCCUUACUCGAAAGAAGAUAUGAGAACCGAUGAAACACCGGAUGUGAGCAUCUGCGACACUGACAGCAGAGCUGCCAGCCGUUGCACAUCGAUCGCUCCAGACUCCGAGUUGUCCGAAGACGAAGACGAAGAUGAAAGCAAUGAAACUGCCCAGACGGAAAACAAUGAGUCCGUGGUAUCCGAAAAUGGUACUUCUGCGCUUGACGACAGCAAAAACGAGGAAUCCGUGGUAAAGGAUAGCGAGUCAGAGCAGAACAACGAUGUUUCCGACGCUGAAAUCAGUUUGCCACUCGAGAAAGACACACUAUUCCAGAGUGCCUACGAUGUGCCGGAAGAUGAGUCAAUGGACUCGAGCGACAGUGAAACCGAGGCUUCAAAGGCGAAGACUGCCAGUGGCGCGUUUACAGUGACGGACUUGAAGAAAGACGUCAAGUUAACUGCCAAGCGGAGAAGAGCCAUGGAACGAGCAGCCAAGAGGAAGAAGAUCGGUAGCAACUUCUACGAAGUGAGCAAUGUCAAAAAUCGAAAUAGAAAUCGCAAGAUUCCUAAAGUUAAGAGAAAAUAAAAGGUAUCGCACCAUAUUGCUGGCUUUUUUUUUUUUUUUCAAAUUUCAAUGAUUUGUUAUUUUUGUCCUCUUUACCAAUUUCAUUUCAACAUGUAUACUCACGCGCAGUUAAGUUCAACUGAAUUUUAUCACCUCAUGUUUCAAAGGUCUGCCAUGACUUUUCUAUUGUGAGAAACAUCCCCCUCAUCAGAAUUGCACGUUUAACACAAAGGA